ACCACGUGUUCUCGUGUCUCCAUGCGUCCGGAGCCCAUCAAACAGUCUUGGUUAUGCUCAACUCUUCAAUUAUGCUGUUGGAACAUAAAUAAAGGUCUCUCACCAAUUGCAACAAUUGGAACUAACGAAAAUGCAGGUCUCCAGCCCCAACAACGUGAAAAUCUACAACCUCAGUGCAGGAAAAACUCUUCCAGAGUGGCUGUCAGAGAGGAAAAGGAGGGCAUUGUUGAAGAAAAAUGUUGAAAUCAGAAGAAGUAUCGAACUCAUCCAGGAUUUCGACAUGCCUGGAGUCAGUACCUCGAUAAAAGUGUCCAGAGAUCUCCAAUAUGUCCUGUCGACUGGAAUUUACAAGCCCAGAGUCAAGUGUUUCGAUGUUAAUAAUCUCUCCUUGAAGUUUGAGAGGUGCUUCGAUUCUGAAGUCGUGACUUUUCAGAUAUUGUCCGAGGAUUACAGCAAACUGGUGUUCCUGCACUGCGACAGACACAUAGAGUUCCACGCAGCCCACGGGAAAUACCACCGCCUGCGAAUCCCCCGAUUCGGCCGAGACCUUGAGUACCACUACCCCUCGUGCGACCUCUUCAUAGUGGGAGUCAGCAACGAGAUCUACAGAUUGAACCUAGAGCGGGGCCAAUUCCUGAAGCCCUUCCUCUCGGAUUCCUCAGCGAUGAACAAGUGCAGCAUCAAUCCGGUGCACAAUCUCCUGGCGGUGGGGACGCAGGAGGGGAGGGUCGAGGCCUGGGACCCCAGGAGCAAGGAGAGGGUGGGAACGCUGGACUGUGGCUUCCACUGCGUCACCCAGGACACAAAGCUGGAGGGCGUCCCCUCGGUGACAGCCCUCAAGUUCCAGGGGGGACUCACGAUGGCUGUGGGCACUGCCACCGGACAGAUCCUCAUGUACGACAUCAGGAGCAGUCGACCUUUCAUUGUUAAGGACCACAUGUAUGGACUGCCCAUCAGAAAUAUCGAGUUUCAUGAUAAAAUGGAUCUGGUUUACUCCAUGGACAGCUCGAUUGUGAAGAUCUGGGAGAAGCAGACUGGGAAGCUUUACACGUCGAUAGAAGCCCAGAACGACCUGAACGACCUCUGCACCAUCCCCGGGACUGGAAUGCUGUUCCUAGCCAACGAAUCCCCGAAAAUGCAGACCUACUACGUCCCCAGUCUGGGUCCAGCCCCAAAGUGGAGUGGAUUCCUGGACACCAUCAUCGAGGAGCUCGAGGAGUCCAACUUCGACACGAUAUACGACAACUACAAGUUCGUGACUGACAAGGAGCUCGAGGAACUGGGGCUCACCCACCUAAUUGGGACGAAUCUCCUGAGGGCGUACAUGCACGGCUACUUCAUGGACGUGAGACUCUUCAGGAAGGCCAGGGACGUCAUCAAACCAUUCGCCUUUGAGGAUUACAAGAAGAAGAAGAUCCGAGAGAAGUUGAAUGAAGAUGCGAAGAGCAGAGUUCAAGUACAGAAACUGCCUGAGGUCAACAAAGAGCUGGCGUUCAAGCUCAUGGACACUGAAGCCGACAGCAAAGCCAAGAAGAAGAAGAGCAACGCUGCGACUAUCCUCAAGGACGACAGGUUCAAGGCCCUCUUCACGAACCCAGACUUCCAGGUUGACAAGACUUCGGUUGAGUUCAAUCUUCUGAACCCUGUGAUUUCCCAGCUGGAUAAGGGGAAGGCGAAGAGACUAAAGGAGAUCGAGAGGGAGGAGGAGGAGAGGAAGAGGGAACCUAACGCCUUCGAUGAGGAUAAAGAACAUAAUGGAAGUUCAGAUGAGGAAUUAUUACGCGACGAGUCAUCAGACGACGAGAAGACCUGGUCGAAGGAAGUGAAGAAGAAGUACAGAGAGCUGAAGAGAAAACGACGAGAAGAAGAAAUCGAAGAUGAUGACAACGAAAUUGAAGAGAAAGAGGAUGCUAAACAGGUGAAACAGCCCAAGUUCUACGAGAUCAAGGAGGGGGCAGAGUUCAGGGGCGGAAAGACUUACAUGAACAAGAGAAUAAAGACAAGUUUGGGGGACAGAUUAAACAGCGAGAAAUCUAAUGUGAGAGUCACCGGAUCGAGAGGAAAUAGGGAAAUGACUUUCUCCACUGGGAAAAAGAAAUUCGGAAAAUCGAGGGAUUCUUUCAAGCACAGGAGGGCUGACCAGAAGGGGCUGUUAAGACCUGCUGGCAAUAUUGGAAAGAAAAAAUAUAAAAUAAAUGUCCCUCACUUGGUCGUGAUGAUGGGAGGGAAAUUGAAGUCAUCGUUGACAGGAAUUUUGUUGAAAUAUUUGAGAAGAACUACAAAUUUCGAGGGGAGUGGUCCGGCGAAUGAAAAGGAGCUGUCGGGACGAUCGGAGGGCCCUGGAGACCCUAGAACUUCCGUUUUAUCGGAGUUGCAGAUGAGAAGUACAGAAAUAGGAUUCAUCACCGAAGUACCUGAUUACGAGAAUCUGAGUACAUCAGCUGUGCUUCAUUACUGCAAAUGUAAGAUACUCAUGCCGUAUCUGAGAUUACUGUGGGUGAUGGGACUGAGACCAACGAGCACAGAUUCAGAGCGUUAUUCCUGCUACUCGGUUCUAGCGAAUAUUCACACGGUCCAGGUGACCAUCUUCAUGUGCAUUGGAUACGUUCUGCAAUACAUGGCUUGUUUCAGGAGAGACAGAGGAUUCUGCUACAAACUCCUUCCCGUUCAAUAUGAAGAAGUAGAAAAUAUCACGAGAACUCGAGCCUACGAGCAGAUCUGCUACGGGAAUGCUGUCUUCAGCUAUCUCAUCCCCAGUGUUCUCCACCUGGUCGCCUAUCUCUACACAGUCUACCUGUUCAGGAUAAAGGAGAAUGAGCAGCUUCAGAACCUGAUGGAGAGGGCAUUUCUCCUCUCGUCGAACCCAGUGAACCGGGGAAACCAGAAGAAACUGGUCAAGAUCCUCUGGCUGUUCAUCGGCCUGUCCGUUGUCUGGAUGACGAUGGCACUUGUCACUGUCAACGUCCUCAUGGCCAGGGGCACCAUCCUCUUUCAAUGGUUGGAUCACAGUCCUGAACAAUUCAAGAAACUAUCGAAAGUUCUGCUGAUCAUCUGCACCCUGUGGCACGAUAUGGUACAGGGGACCAUCAUCACGAGCUACUGCCUCCAAGGACAAUUACUAGUAGCUCAUCUGAAUUUUCUCAAGGCUAAACUGCUGCAGAACACUCUCCCUGCACUAGACUGGAUGAAAGAAAUCCUCGAGUUUAAAAAGCUCCUGAAGUACUUGAACAACGACCUCGCCCCGGCUGUCUGCAUUUACACAGUGGUGAACCUCUCCUGGGCAGCAGCAGGCACAGCCUGGCUCCUCGAGUACGACACGAUAGACUCGACAGCCAGUCCAGUUCCCUACUUCAGCAUUGUCAACGUAAUCCUCUGGGUGCUGAUAGCAAUGGCUCCCUUCGUGCAAGCGGCCAGACUCACCACCGCCUGCUCCAUGAUCCAGAAUCUGGGGCACGAGGUCAGGGUGAGACCCUUCGUCUACCAGUCGACACCUGGGGAAGACCUCAACACCAUUCUCCUUUACACCUCUUCGUUGAAAAUGUGCGCGAGACUCUUCAGGGUGCCCAUCACUGGACGUUAUCUCUGUUUACUGCUCACUGUUUCCAGUAUUGUGCUCCUGGUCAUGGGACAAUGCCACUUCUUCUCGUGAAUCGGUGAUUAGGGGUUUUUAGGGGAGAAUUUUUGGAGGGGGAGUUUUUGGGAAUUAAGGCCCGGGUGUACUAUCUUUCGAACGUUAUCUCGAUGUUUUUUUUUCAU